GGACUCGGUAGCAAAGUGUAAAUUUUGCCUCGCAGGCCUGAAAGCGGCGGCAGCGAAACAAAACGAGGAGCCGUUUGUUAUUUUCGUUGCGGUUCCGCUCGGUACCGUUAAGAAAAGAGGAAUAAAAUGCCUGGAACAGUCGCGCUUCAGACCGGCGCCAGCGACGUUAAAGCGGAUCCGCACAAGUCCUUCUCCUUCGCUUUAAAGACGAUUAUGGACAUCCCACCUCCGAUUAUUCUGGAGGAAGGCGACGACGAUUUAGGCAAAGAGAAGUUGUGCUCCUCUGAGGAUGUGGAGGGUAGUGAUGCAGGCGCAGCUGGUGUCGGUGGGGGUUCUCGAGGAGGCAGUGGGGUAUCAGCCUCUCUGACCCCGGCUAUCUGGGAGAAGACCAUCCCCUAUGAUGGGGAGACGUUUCACUUGGAAUACAUGGACCUCGAUGAGUUCCUCCUGGAGAAUGGGAUCCCUAUGAGCCUGGAGGAGGAAGACCUGCAGAAGACUCUCAUCUCAGUUGAAAACAAAAGCAAAUGCAAGACUGCUGCUCCUUCUCCUCCUCCUACUCCAGCUCCUCCAAGUGAUGCAGCAGGCUCCAUCUUGGCUACAACUCCUGCUUCCACCACCUCAGCGGUCCGCGUGGAUCCAGAGGAAGCUGUGACGGUCACCACACUGCAGCCGGCUAAAUUAGAAGAGGAAGAUGAUGAGGAGCAAGAACAGGAGUGCUUGUCUCUGGAGGCAAAGACAGAGGUGGAAGAGAGGGAGAGCAAAAGUGAUGGGAAUCCUGCAGAUCGUAACACACCAUCUCCUAUCGACCCUGACGCCAUUGAGGUGGAUGUUAAUUUCCAGCCAGACCCCACAGACCUGGUCCUGUCAAGCGUGCCAGGAGGAGAGCUGUUCAACCCACGCAAACACAAGUUCUCUGAAGAGGACUUGAAACCGCAGCCUAUGAUCAAGAAGGCCAAGAAGGUGUAUGUCCCUGAUGAACAGAAGGAUGAGAAAUACUGGUCUCGAAGAAAGAAGAACAAUUUGGCAGCCAAGCGUUCCCGUGAUGCACGGCGGCUAAAGGAGAACCAGAUCACGGUGCGCGCCUCCUUUCUGGAGCGAGAGAACACAGCGCUGCGGCAACAAGUGUCCGAACUGCGCAAGGACUGCGGCCGCUGCAAGAACAUCAUGGCUCGAUACGAGGUUAAGUAUGGCCCACUGUAAAGAAGGACAAAUAAAACUGACUUCUCUGUGAGAAACAAACCAAACUCCCUCCCCUGCAGAAAAAAAAUGGAUACAAACAUCAAGGGAACCUAAAGCUGGUGGCUUUCGGACUGUGCUGGAGCUUUGGACAUGCAGCCUGGGUGCGGUGGUCACAGGAAGGCCUGUGGAGAGCGCCUGGCUCCUGCAACCAGAGAGGACAGGAAGGACUGUUUUACACUCCCGCGGAAAACAGAAAACAAAUUGCAACCUCUUUAUCGUAUAAAUCAGUUUUAAUCACUGCGCGGCGCUCUGGGCUGACCAAAGCAUGAGAAAUAUGGGCUCUGUUUAGAAGGAGUCCUGACUGUGCUACGUGCACGCUUAGAUUUGCGUCUGUAUAUUGUUUAAACAGAAGAAAAGGCGUACCAGACGUUUAUCACCACGAGGAGUAAAACAGUGCUUCCAUAAAGGUGAGAAGUGAGGUCAUCGGAGCAGAAGAGGCGAAGUUAGAUGAUUCACUCAAUAAGGCAAGUCAGAAUUCUCAACAUGCAUACGCCAUGACCGUGUCAGAUCUUCAGGUCAGAGUUCACUGAUACCCACUUUAGUACAAAAAAAAAAAAAGCAUAGAAGCUGCAUUACUGGAGUGUGCGAUUAAUUUCUGUCUUGUCUUUAAAGUUAAAUUAGCAGCUUUAAGCAGUGUUCCAGCACCACAUUGUUCUGUGGAUGAUAUGUGUGGGAUGCAAAAGUGGAAAAAGCAAAUUUGCUCAUCACAGGAGUGGAAACUGCACAUUGCAUUUGAGCUGCAACUUUUCCAAGGGAAUUUAUAAGAUUCCAAAGAAUGUGCUGAGUGGAAUAAAUUAGGAAGUUAUAUUAUUAUUUUUACUUUUAUCUGUUAACCAAAUAAACCCAGACAAAUAUUUAACAAUGUCUAUAGUGUAGAUCUACAACAUGAAGUACAACACACUGCUUCCCAAUAUUAUAUAUUUAGCUAUACACGGUAUAUAAUACCGGUACACAGAAUAGACUUUAUAUUUAAAAAAAAAAAAAAAAAAAA